UACGCGCUACACCCACGCAUACAGCCUCUUGAGCUACUUGGCCCACGGUGCCGCUAAGUUCCAGUGACGAGCGUGCUGCAUCUGUUUCAAGGUCGUCCCUCAAACGAGCUUACGUACAGAUCGCCUUCCUAAUACCCAAUUUUUUAGUACGCGAGAAAAAAAACUAUAAACAAUGUCAGCAUGUCUCUGUAAUGAGAUCAGUUUUGGUGGCUAAUUACCGGCCAAACACUCCAGAUCAUCGGGACAACUUUUGUUUCCAUGUUUAGUUGGUGACUUGUAAGAGAAUUUUGUUAAUGGAAACUCUCGACUAAUCGAAAAUCUUUGAUUGAUUCAUUUUAGCGAGAGUAAAAUAAGUGCACAAGAACUGGUGACAUGUGAGGUCUUCAAAUCCGCCUUCAUGUUUUCGCCAAGAGUUCAUCCACAGAAACAAUUUUCUACCAAAUGAAAGCGACAUCAAAAGCUACCGGCAGCAACGCACCAGGACUUCACCACGGUUAACUGGACGCAUCCACACAAGAAUCCCUGAGAUGAAAAACUGAAACGAAUGAAAAUUCAAAACUACAGGAAGAAUUUGCUUCCUAAAAAAGCUUGACUAGAAUUAACUGAGAAUUCCGGGAUCGAAAAUCGCUGAUAAUGUCUUCGGAAUAUGGAAGUGCAGAAUUAGGUCCAGUGGCAACUCAAGCGCGAGUGGCCGCUGCAGCCCGAGCUCCCACUUCUCCAACUGAUAUCCAUACUCUGGCUCUACACAAUUCUAAUGCGGUUCUCAACUCGAUGAUGUCUCACAAUAUGCUUCUCAAUCAACGGCUUGACAAACGACCCAAUGUUGAUCACAUAUAUGCUCACCUGAAUUUAAUGCAGAAUCUUUCGGGGAGAUUUAAUUCAGUAUACAGUAAUGCUCCUGGAAUACCAUUUCCCCCAGCGCAGUUGCCGCCGGCGCCAAAAGAAAGGAUCGAAGAUAUUUUAGGUCAGAUGUUUCAAGGCACUGGACCUGUUUCCAUCCCUGGCAGCGACAAUCUCAGAAGGCAAAGUAACUCUUCCCCUUCGCAAGAAUCGUCUCCGAAGAGAGCACCGACUUUAUUGGAGUUGUCGUCUAACACGCCUUUGCCGAAGGACUUGAUUGAUUCGAAAGAUAUAUUUCAAAACUAUCACGAAACAUUGGGCAAACCACUGCACGGGCUUUCUUCGCCAGUCGAUCGUAACCCUUAUUUUAGAUGUUACAGUUCCGAGUCCACUGUGACAGGAGUACAACCCCUUCCACAAGGUAUAUUUUCGUUUGCCAACCAUUCUCAAGCAGGAGCUUCUUCCAGAACAAGUCCUGCUCAACAACCUUCUCCAGGACCACGAUCAACGUUUCUCUUAAAUGAUCAUCGUCCCAUUAAGUUGGUUCCCAGUGUGCCUUCCGAAGGUCAUAAUUCUUUAUUUCAAAGUCAACCUACUAAUUCAUUACAUGGUCAAGCAUCAACUUUGUUAGAAGCGCCUUCUUCACCCCCAACUCGUCAAUCUGACUCAAUAAAGGGAAUUUCUUCCAUCUUGAGUUCAAAACCUCCAGCUACAGACAAUUCUCUCCCGUAUGCCGCGACGAUGCAGACGAUGCAACUAUCACCAAAAUUGUCGACGUCUCAAACGCCUCCAAGUUCAUCGGUAGAAAAAGUCAAACUUGAGCCAGAAGAACAAAAUUGUACGAGUGUGGCCUCAAAUGUUUCAUUUGCUAUUAAUAAUUCACCAAAAAGUAACGAUGAUACCUUGGCGGAGUUUCGCCGUACUCCAUCAGAGAUGGUACAAGCAAACUACGACGUUCAAGGAAGUAUCCAAGUUAAGAAGCAGCAGGAACUUUUCAACCCGCCAGAAGAAUCUCGAAGCCUGAAUUCGGCUCCAGUGUCUCCGGAAGCCGAUUUGAACGAAAAUUCAAAUGAUUCCAGCACAUUCUCAGACAGAAAUUCGUUUGCGGAUGAACGUGCGGAUGCUGCUGCAAAUAGAUACUCAGCAGAAGAGAAUUCCAGAGAUAUGAGGCUUUACUGUCUUCAGUGUGACUUCGUUACAGAAGAUAAAGAAAUUCACAUGAAACAUAUCCAGUCCACGCACAAUGUGUGUCGCGAUUGUAAAUAUCAGGCAGAAUCAGCAUCUCAAUUAGAAGAGCAUCGCCAGACAUGUGCUCCUACUAGCUCAUCGUCGUCAACCAAACCCAAAACCAAAUCGAAGAAGCUUACGUGUAAAGUUUGCCAAAAAGAAGCCGCGAACGAUGAAGAGUUCUAUGAACAUCGACGAGAGCACAUCAGUCCAGAUAAGAUUCUGAAUUGUGAAUAUUGCCCGUUUGUAACUCAGUAUAAACAUCAUCUGGAUUAUCACAUGAAGAAUCACACAGGAAAUAAACCCUUCAAGUGCCAGAAAUGUGAAUAUUCGUGUGUAAAUAAAUCCAUGUUAAACUCCCACAUGAAAUCUCAUAGUAAUUUUUACUCCUAUAGAUGCAAGGACUGCAAUUACGAAGCUAAGUAUAUGCAUGCAUUGAAAUGCCACUGUAGAAAAUACCGUCACAACGCGUUGCCAGUGAUAAAUCCUGAUGGCACAAUUAAUCCUUUUCCUAUUGUCGACGUUUAUGGAACUAGGAGAGGCCCUAAAGUUAAAAGAGACGCCGAAGGUAAUAUCAUCAUGCCAGCGCAUUACACUGCAAAAAUAUCGAUGCAGUCAACACCUAAAGACAAUGAAGGUGUUUCGUCGGGAAGCCGAACUUCGAGCCAAGCCACAGUACUAUCGUCUGCACUUUCCUACUGUCACAGCCCGUUACCUCAUAACAAUUCAGAGCCAGCUCCCAUGCCCCCAUUUAAUCCUUAUUGUGGGAUAGACACGCGUAUUUUUCAUCAUAAUAGUCCUCUGUUCAAUACGCAAUCUCCUCCGUUGGUGAAUCAGCCAUCGUAUCUUAACUCCCCCCAGUCUCCUGCAAUCACGAACCAUCGUCGCUUGCUGGAAACCCUGGCAAAAUCACAGGCUCUCUCAGGCACCAUUAAAUGCCAAUAUUGCCCCCAGUCUUUGCCUUCAGAAGAACUACUGCAACAACAUAUCCUUUUAGCACACCUCCUUCCUCGCAAUUCUCUGGUUCAGGAAGCUGGCACUCCUACUCGAGCUCCUCCAAGGCAUGAACUUCAAUCAGACGCUAGUACGACUAUCUUCACACGGUUGCUGGCUGCUCGGUUUGCCGAGUCAGGGCUGCAUGCCAUGUCACCACUCGUGCAUUUAGCACCAUUCCAACCUCAAAAAGACGAGACCGUAGUCCCAGAAAACUUUGUAACUUCCCAGACGCUGAGAAGUAGUUCGCCUACUCCACUAGAUCUUACCAAAGAUCACACGCCACCUCAACAGAUCAUGAGGCGUCGUUUGUCAGAAAGCCCUCCAGAUGUGGCGGCCACUUCCUUGACGCCUCCUGACACCUGCUCGCCGCCCAAAAAAAUAAGACGAAGCGAUCAUCUAGCAUUCGCUAAUAGACGCCUCGAAAAUAUUGAAGAGGAACCUCAGGCCAGUGACAUGGUGAAAAAUGGAGAGUUCGACCAUCGGGCAAAACUCUCAGAAUACGCGAUCAAGUCGGAGCCAACAGAAGACUUGCGACUAGACGUAGAUGCGUCACUUCAAGAAAAAUCCACUUCUGACGCUCUUGAAUGUUCUAUCUGCAAAAUAACUUUCCGUGUUGUUGAUAUGUUCAAAAAGCACAUAGCAUUUCACGACGACGAAGAGCCUCUACGAUGCUCGUUUUGCAAAGACCUCUUUGCAGACUCGUCUGUUUUCUUUGAACAUUGUUUUAACUGUAAGAAACGUUUUACUUUAGCUUCUUAGUUCCUAAAAUAAAUAAUAAUUUAGCAAUUAACCAAAUAAGUAGGCUGGUGAUUCACGUAGAUUAUAUGCUUGAGUCUGCUUUUGACAUUUCAACCGUUCUGUUAAGGUUCGCGACUAAUAAGGUUCGCGACACUAGAAAAAACUUUGUAGAACAUUAAAUUCACCGAUUUCGGGAGCAGCAGAAAGUUGAACGGAGCCUAAAUAUCGGAACCGUCUGUAGGAAAGUUGAACAAUGCUUCAUAUCUUUCUGAAGUCCAAACGAAUUCACGAUUGCUUCAAGAUGUGUUUUUUAGUUCAACGGUUCAUGCUUGUGAUACUUAGGAGAGUUGUAUAUUUAAUGUAAUAAAUAAUAACAUGGCUAAAUCAUUUCAGUAGAUGUUGGCUUUUAAGAAGAUGUUAGCUUUUAAGAUAUGAAAGCGUCGAGUGAACGGGGGUGUCACCGUGUUUAACUAAAUGUAAUUAGGGUUGAGCUGUAGAAUACGAUGAAGAGAAAUUCUCAUUCAUUCAU